GAACCAGAUAACCAAAAUCCAAACAGAGACCAUAGGAAAGAAAGCAAAAAAAAAAAAAAAAAAAAAUGUAUGGCCUGCAACAGUUCUUCAUCUUCUUCUUCUCCCACCCUCUGCAACUCGCUUCUCUUCUCCUCUUCCUCUUCCUCUCCGCCAAAUUCCUCCUCCUCCUCUCCAACAAGGAGUCAAACUCGAACUCGCCACCUUCCCCGUGGAAGCUCCCCAUCCUGGGGAACCUCCACCAACUCGGCACCCACCCUCACCGCACCCUCCGCUCCCUCUCCCUCUCCCACGGCCCGCUCUUCCUCCUCCGCCUCGGCUCCGCCCCGACCCUCGUCGCCUCGUCGCCGGAAUCCGCCAAACAGAUCAUGAAAACCCACGACCUCGCCUUCUCCAACCGCCCUUACUCCGCCAUCUCCAACCGCCUCCUCUACAACUACAAGGACCUCUCGCAGACCCCUUACUCCGCCUACUGGCGACAGAUGCGCGCCAUAUGCGUCACGCGCCUCCUCAGCGCCAGGCGCGUCGACUCCUUCCGCCACAUCCGCGAGCAGGAGGCUGCGCUCCUGGUCGCCACAAUCGAGGAGGGAGCGUCGCACGGCACGCUGCUGGACCUGGGCGAGCUGAUUUCGAGGAUGACGAACGACGUCGUGUGCAGGGUGGCGUUCGGGCGGAAGUACGGGGACGACGACGACGGGGAGGAGGAAGGUGGGAGGAAGUUCAAGCUGAUGCUCGAGGAGUUCGGGGCUGUUCUCGGGACGGUGAACGUGGCGGAUUUUAUUCCCUGGUUGGGUUGGGUCAACCGGUUCAACGGGUUGGACCGGAGGGUCGAGAAGGUUUUCGCAGAGUUCGACGAGUUUCUAGACCGGGUCGUGGAGGACCAUCGUCUGACGACGGAGGAAAAGAGUGAGGAGGAGGAGGAGGAGGAGGAGAAGGAUAUCGUCGACGUUCUUCUUCAGAUUCAGAGAGAGACUCCUGAUUCCGCCGUCGAUCGAGACACCAUCAAAGCCAUCGUCCUGGACAUGUUCGCGGCGGGGUCGGACACGACGUAUACCGCGUUGGAAUGGACGAUGACGGAGAUACUACGUCACCCGAGGGUGAUGGAGAAGUUGCAGCAAGAGAUUCGAGUGAUCCUUGGUGACGAGAGGAACGUAAGGGAGGAGGUGAUCGAGCGGAUGGACUAUUUAAAAGCAGUGAUCAAAGAGUCCUUCAGACUGCACCCGCCGAUCCCGCUCCUGGUGCCGAGGGAAUCGACCCAGGACGUGAAGGUACAGGGUUACGACGUCCCCGAAAAGACGAGGGUGAUCGUCAACGCGUGGGCGAUCGGGAGGGAUUCGAAGAGGUGGGGGGACGAUGCAGAGGAGUUCAGGCCGGAGCGGUUCCUGAACAGCAAGGUCGAUUUCAAGGGGCAGGAUUUUGAGUUGAUACCGUUCGGGGCGGGGAGGAGAGGGUGCCCCGGGAUCAGUUUCGCGACGGCUUCGAUGGAGAUCACGCUGGUCAGCAUGUUGCACAGGUUCGAUUGGUCGGUGCCCGGCGGAGAGGAGGGUGGUGGGUUGGACGCCGACGAGGCGCCGGGGCUGGCGGUCCAUCGGAGGACGCCUCUUCUUGCCGUGCCAACUUUGUACUCUCCGUAGUGGUGGGAAUUGUUUGGAUGGUAACCAGGAAUUAGUCAAACGGGUCUUUGUUGCGGCCAAAAUUUGUAGCCUGCUUUAAUUUAAUGGUUUACCUACCGGUUUGGUAUUUGGACACAUCGCACUGAUAUUGCAAUUGCUAGAGUACAGUCCAAAGAACGUAACUGCUUUUAAUAUAAUGCCGAAGUGGGAAGUGGGAACGUUCUUGCCCGCGUAUGGUUCAUUCGUGUGCUAAAAGUAAUUAUUUCGACGUUGUCAUAGAGAAGUUGAUGAGAUCA